UAGAUUCUGACACAACCAUUAGUGUCCCCCUCUUAUGCCAUAAAUAAAAAAAACACUAAUUUUUUAUUCUGAGCCCUUCCUUCGGCUUCAUGCCAAUCGAUUUAGAUAUUAUUUUGUUUGAAUCCUCUUCUUUAGCUAGCUCUACAGUUAGACGUCACACUCUCCUUGUUUCUCUGUGUCACAGUUAUAUUUAAUAUCUCUCUCUAUCUUCUUCCCCUGACUUAACUAAACGAGAAGGAAAGUGGGCACUACCAUACAAACACACACAAAAAACUCUCUCUAUCAUAAAUCUUCUCAACCUCUUGCUUGGACUUGUGGCUCUUUCUGAUCUUUAUUAGUAAUAUGCUUGCUGUAAAUGCAGCUGGGUUUUACUGUGUUUUCUGAUGGGGAAGAAGGGAGGCUCCUCAUGGUUGACCGCUGUCAAAAGGGCUUUCAGAUCUCCUACUAAAGAGGAUGAGGAAAAGAAAAGAGAGAAGAGAAGAUGGAUUUUCAGGAAACCCACAAAUCCACAAGAAACGGUGACACAGCAAUCCCCACCGGCGAAGGCGACAGAGCAAGUAGCGGUGACUGCUGCAGCUACAGAGCAAAAGCAUGCGCUUGCGGUGGCGGUGGCCACCGCCGAGGCUGCAAUGGCCACGGCUCAGGCGGCAGUGCAGGUGGCUCGCCUAACUAGGCCUUCUAAUCAUGCUAGAGAACAUUACGCUGCCAUUGUCAUCCAGACCGCUUUCAGAGGAUACUUGGCAAGGAGGGCUCUUCGGGCGCUUAAAGGGCUAGUGAAGUUGCAAGCUCUGGUGAGAGGUCACAAUGUCAGAAAGCAAGCUAAGAUGACACUGAGGUGCAUGCAAGCACUGGUGCGAGUGCAGGCUCGGGUGCUUGAUCAGCGCAUGAGACUCUCCCAUGACGGCAGCAGCAGAAAAUCCACUUUCAGUGACACCAAUAGUGUUUGGGAAUCCCGGUACCUUCAAGACAUUUCCGACAGAAAAUCCAUGUCGAGAGAGGAAAGCAGCAUCGCAGAUGAUUGGGACGAACGCCCCCACACAAUUGAGGAAGUAAAAGCCAUGUUGCAGCAAAGAAAAGAAGCUGCAAUGAAGCGUGAGAAGAACUUGUCUCAGGCCUUUUCUCAAGAGAUAUGGAGAACUGGUAGGAGCCCAUCAAUGGGUAAUGAAGACGAGCUUGAAGAGAGACCAAAAUGGCUAGACAGGUGGAUGGCUGCAAAGCCAUGGGAAAACAGGGGAAGAGCUUCAACUGAUCAGAGAGACCCCAUCAAAACCGUCGAAAUGGAUACCUCUCAGCCUUAUUCAUAUUUAACUCCCAAUUUCCGAAGAUCAAAUCCUAAUCACCACCAUUACCAACAACAACAUCAACAGCAUCAACAAAGGCCCAGUUCACCACUCCAUAGAGGCCAUCAAAAUCAACACCAUCAUCCCAGUCACCAUUCCCCUGUCACACCCUCGCCUUCCAAAACCCGGCCUGUUCAAGUCCGGUCUGCGAGCCCUCGUUGCCAAAGAGAAGAUAGAAGCCCUCAUACAUCUCAAACACCAAGCUUGAGGUCCAACUCUUUCUACAGUGGAGGUUUGCAUCAACAAGGAAGGGCCGGAACAAGCACCGGGCCUACACUGCCAAACUACAUGGCAGCAACAGAGUCUGCCAAGGCUCGAGUGCGGUCUCAGAGUGCACCGAGGCAAAGACCAUCGACACCGGAGAGGGAACGAGGUGUUGGUUCAGCUAAGAAACGGCUUUCAUUCCCAGCUCCAGAUCCUUAUGGUGUAGGAAUGGGGUAUGGAAGCUAUGGGCAUAACUUGAGGAGUCCAAGCUUCAAGAGUGUAAGUGGAUCACAUUUUGGGGGUUUGGAGCAACAGUCUAAUUAUUCUUCUUGCUAUACUGAGAGCCUUGGUGGUGAGAUUUCCCCUUCUUCAACUAGUGACCUUAGAAGGUGGUUGAGGUGAUUAGUAUCAGAAAAUUUAAUUGACAAGUUGUCACGGACAACUUGUUAGGUAUUCCCUUUACAUUGGGCUUGGUGAUUUAGCUUUAAUUCUGACCCAAUAACGACUGGAUGGAUUUAGAGGUAGUUAGGAUGUAAUUGAGAGAGUUGGGAGUGAGGUUUGAAUAGUUAAGGGCUAUAGUUUUAAGUUUUUGGCUUUUCUUGUUUUGGUUUGGAGCGAACAUAUAUGUGAGACAUGCAAUUGUUGGGAAAGAAAAUUAAACCAAAGCAAAGGACAACACAUAAUCAUAAAGAAGGAACUGACAACGUAUUUGGUGUCUUUCCACACUUGGGCCUCGUUAGUGAAUCAGUGUCUUUUUGACCAUUUGAACUACUUUGAAGACUAUUAUGUAAAAAUAAAAUUCAACUCUGUAAUUUGUCUUGUUUUCUUUCUCUUAUUUCAUCACCAUCCUCAUUCCUCAAAAGUACUGUACAUUUCCAAGUUCAACAAUUGAGAAACUCCUUGUUCUUUGUUUGCU